AUGGCAGCUAAGGCGGCUGGCGGGGGACGCUGGGAGGUGGUGAAGAAGGGGCGGCGGCCCGGGGCUGGCGGCAAUGGUAGAAGCGGCGGAGGGGACCGCCGGGCUCUCGGGGAGGCGAACGGUGUGUGGAAAUACGACCUGACCCCUCCAAUCCAGACGACAAGCACCCUUUACGAGCGGGGCUUUGAGAGAAUCCUGAAGCGGCAGAAUAAGGAGCAAGUUCCACCCCCUGCUGUGGAGCCUAAGAAACCAGGGAACAAGAAGCAGACUAAGAAGGUGGCAGCCGUCACCAACCAAAACCAGAAGCAGGGUCGCUUCCGCAGCCUGGAAGAGGCACUGAAAGCUCUGGACAUAGCAGCUCUGCAGAAGGAACUGGACAAGAGCCAGAGCGUGUUCUCUGGGAACCCAUCCGUGUGGUUAAAGGACCUGGCCAGCUAUCUCAACUACAAGCUCCAAGCGCCUCUAACUGAACCCACACUAAGCCAGCAUACUCACGAUUAUCCCUACAGUCUGGUAAGCCGGGAGCUGCGUGGGAUCAUCCGAGGGCUGCUGGCCAAGGCAGCGGGGUCUCUGGAGCUCUUUUUUGACCACUGUUUGUUUACGAUGCUGCAAGAGCUGGAUAAGACACCAGGGGAGUCACUACAUGGUUACCGCAUCUGUAUCCAGGCCGUUCUGCAAGACAAGCCCAAGAUUGCCACCAUGAACCUGGGCAAGUUCCUGGAACUGCUGAGGUCUCAUCAGAGCCGACCAGCAAAAUGUCUGACCAUCAUGUGGGCCCUGGGUCAAGCAGGUUUUACCAACCUCACUGAAGGACUGAAAGUGUGGCUAGGGAUCAUGCUGCCUGUGCUGGGCAUCAAGUCUCUGUCUCCCUUCGCCAUCGCAUACCUGGAUCGGCUGCUCCUGAUGCACCCCAACCUCACCAAGGGCUUCGGCAUGAUUGGCCCCAAGGACUUCUUCCCACUUCUGGAUUUUGCCUACAUGCCCAACAACUCCCUGACACCCAGCCUGCAGGAGCAGCUGUGUCAGCUCUACCCCCGACUGAAGGUGCUGGCAUUUGGGGCAAAGCCGGAAUCCACCCUGCAUACGUACUUCCCCUCCUUCCUGUCCAGAGCCACCCCUAGCUGCCCUCCUGAGAUGAAGAAAGAGCUCCUGAGCAGCCUGACCGAGUGCCUGACGGUGGACGCCCUCAGCGCCAGUGUCUGGAGGCAGCUGUACCCCAAGCACUUGUCACAGUCCAGCCUGCUGCUGGAGCACCUGCUCAGGUCCUGGGAGCAGAUUCCCAAGAAGACGCAGAAGUCUUUGCGAGAAACCAUCCAGUCCUUCAAGCUUACCAACCAGGAGUUGCUAAGGAAGGGCAGCUGCAGCAGUCAGGACGCCGCUGCCUGCGACAUGGCCUGCAAGGGCCUGUUGCAGCAGGCGCGGGGCUACCGGCUGCACUGGACACAGCUACUCCUGUUGGUCCUGAUCUUUCUCAUCGGUUUCCUGUGCCAUGACUUCCGGUCGCACAGCUCUUUCCAGGCCUCCCUUUCUGGCCGGUUGCUUCGAUCAUCUGGGUUCUUGCCUGCUGGCCAGCAAGUGUGUGCAGGGGUCUACUCCUACAGCCUGCGGGGCUACAGCUGGCUAGAGGAGACAUUGCCGGCCUGGGGCUCCCACCUGCUGGCUGUGGUGAGGCCCGGUUUGCAGCUGGCCUGGGCCCACACCAGUGCCACUGUCAGUGUUCUUUCUGCCCACUGUGCCUCCCACCUUGCCUGGUUUGGUGACAGCCUCACCAGCCUCUUCCAGAGGAUCCAGCUCCCCGCUACCCUGGUGCAGCUGCUGCAGUCUCUGAGGGAGCUGCUCGUGCUUCUUUACCAGAAUGUACUGCUGCCAUGGUGGCACAUACUACUGGAGGCCCUGGCCCGGGCCCAGGAGCACUGCCACGAGGCGUGCAGAGGUGAAGUGACCUGGGACUGCGUGAAGACACAGCUCAGUGAGGCUGCCCGCGGGGUCUGGCUCCGCCUACAGGACAUCACCAUGGCUUUCUUGGACUGGGCACUUGCCACGAUCUCCCAGCACUAG